AACACGUUUAUUUUUAUUUUUUUUAAUUUCAUAGAGCCAGAACCUGAGAUCGUUGCCAUCACGGAAGACUUUGUAUCUGAUCCAGUCCGUCCAGAAGACUCAGCGACUCUCCGGUGUUCAGUCCUCUCUGACCUUGAGAGGAAAACGUGUCCAGGAGAUCACAGUGUGUACUGGUUCAGAGCCGGAGCAGAUGAAUCUCAUCCCAGUUUAAUUUAUGCUCAUGAAAACACUGUGAAUCAGUGUGAAAAGAAUCCUGAAGCUCAGUCGACACAGAAAUGUGUCUUCAACUUCUCAAAGAUCGUCAGCUCCUCUGAUGCUGGGACUCAUUACUGCGCUGUGGCCACGUGUGGACAGAUAUUAUUUGGAAAUGGAACAAAAGUGGACAUUAAAGUUCCAGUUGUCGACACGUGUGAUUCACAAAAAGACAAUACAAUUGUCCUUCUGUUGUUUGGUGCUUUGGCUGUGAGUCUGAUUGUUAUAGCCUUCCUUGUUUGUGCCAUCACAAUGAAAUCUUGUGGUUGUUGCAACGCUGCCGUCAGUCUGCAAACAAAUGCUGCAGCAGCCAGUGGUAAUCAUCAAAGUCAGCAGAGAAAUGAGGACUCUCUGGUUUAUUCUAAACCAAACAUUACCAUGAGAAAAACUGGGCAAGCAGGGAGAAGGAAAGCAACAGCAAAGGAAGAGACGAUCUACACUGAUGUCAGGACUUUUGUGAUGGAAUAACAGUUCAAACACUGGCUUUAAUAAUUGAUGGUACUAAAAAGAAAUUUGUGUGGCACAAUAUGCCAGAAAAUUACCAGGGUAGCAGCACUGGUGUUUGCGCUUUACCUCUGAAGUUGUUAACAUAAUAUUAUACUUUGGAUAAAUUUUAUGUUUUAUGCAUAAUUGUUAUAUAUUUUGGACAAAUUGUUUGCAAACAUUGAAUAAUAUUUUUGAAUUCAGUUAAUUCAGAAAAAGAAUUAAACAAUUAUGAUGCAAAAAUAACAUUCAAUACUUCAGCAUCUCAACCUUAUAAUUUUUUGUCCUUUAUUGUGUGUAUUUUAUUGGGUUUUCAAAGAGUUUCAAGAUGUUGCAGCGUUACCUUUCUUGUUAUACACUUUUAUUAUAGUUUCAUUUCCUGCCGAGCCCUUCAGCUCCGUAUCAGCGCAAUACAAAAACCUGUACUAAAGGGAAUUUGUCAUGUA